CAUUAUUAGCUACGCGGCUUCCGACUAAUAUGUAGCACAAACUACCUCCUCUUCCUCUUUCUUCAUCUAUUGACCGAACGCGGCCACAUACGUCCUACAAUCUGAACUUUGGCAUUGCUCAGCUCUGGGCAUCCUAGCCCCGCUUUUGGGCUCCCCCCUGCUAAUAUUCCGCCCUUGUUUGACGGUCCUCUUCAACCCUUCAAGUUUCCUCUAUAGCCAUGCCAUCGAAGAGCCUCGCACGCUUUGGCACAGGGCUCUUUGCGAGCUUCUUGUUGUUCCAGUUCGUCCUAGCCAUCCCUUUGGCAUCCAACUCAACGGAUGGGAAGCUCGGCGCCGUGGCUUCUGAAAACUCAAUUUGCAGCAAAAUUGGAACCGACCUUCUUAAACGUGGUGGCAAUGCGGCAGAUGCGAUGGUAGGAACAGUUUUUUGUGUGGGCACAGUCGCCAUGUACCACUCCGGUAUUGCAGGAGGCGGGUUCUUGGUUGUCAGAAGCCCGAACGGCACCUAUGAGUUCAUCAAUUUUCGCGAGACGGCUCCGGCGGCGGCCUUCGAGGAAAUGUAUCGCAACAACGAAGAUGCAUCCAUCUAUGGGGGUUUGGCUAGUGGCGUUCCAGGGGAGCUGCGCGGCCUCGAGUACCUCCAUAGAAAUUACGGGUCCAAAAACUUGUCCUGGAAAGAUGUUGUCUUGCCUUCUGUUGCACUGGCACGCAACGGAUUCCGUGUUAACGAAGACCUUGUAAAGUAUAUGAAUUCUGCGACUGCGGGUGAAAGCGACUUCUUAGUGGAAGAUCCUACUUGGGCCAUCGACUUUGCCCCUCACGGCCGCCGCGUUCAGCUCAACGAAACAAUCACCCGUAAAAGAUAUGCUGAUACGCUGGAGACCAUCGCAAGUGAUGGGGCUGAUGCUUUCUAUACCGGUCCCAUUGCAGAAGCUACCAUUCAGGCUUUGCAGGCCGCCAAUGGUACCAUGACGCUGGAAGACCUCCAAAACUACACGGCCUUAACCCAAGAGCCACUCAGUAUCAACUACAGAGGCUUUAAACUGACGACUGGUCGUGCACCAUGUAGCGGGGGUGUUGCGCUGAGUGCGUUAAAGAUUGUUGAGGGCUACAAUGAUUUUGGUGACUCAAAGAAUGUUAAUUUGACGACUCAUCGGCUAGAUGAGGCUAUCAAGUUUGUUUACGGCGAGCGUACCCAGCUGGGUGACUCUGCUACCGAUGAGAACAUGGAUCAGUACCAAGAGGAAAUGCUCAGCGAUUCCUUUGCUUCCUCUAAGCGCAACAACAUUUCCGAUUCCCAUACUCAUGACGCUUCUUUCUACGACCCAAGAGGUGCUGAGAUCCUUGAUACACCCGGUACUUCCCAUGUUGUUGCGGCCGACGAGUCUGGCUUGGCCAUUACCCUGACGACAACCGUCAAUCUGCUCUUCGGUUCACGUCUCAUGGUUCCCGAGACAGGCGUAAUCAUGAACAACGAAAUGAAUGAUUUCUCCAUUCCGGGAUCUAGUGACGCUUUUGGAUUUAUACCGACCCCGGCAAACUACAUCAAACCCGGCAAGCGUCCACUCUCGUCCAUCAGUCCUGUCCUUGUGGAGUGGCCCAAUGGCACCUUUUACAUUGCAGUGGGCUCUGCCGGUGGCUCUCGUAUCAUCACCGCGACCAUCCAGAACCUUCACUACAUGCUGGACCUAGGAUUGACGGCACCCCAGGCCUUAGCCCAGCCCAGGCUACACGACCAGCUGUACCCCACCUACGUAAGCUUCGAGUAUGCUUAUAACAACGAGACGGUCCAUUUCAUGCAGUCACUUGGCCAUAACGUAACUUGGGCCGCUCCUGGGCAGAGUACGGCCCAGGCUCUGAGGAGACUGACUAAUGGCACGUUCGAGGCGGCCAGUGAGCCUCGACAAGUGAAUUCCGGUGGAUAUGUGGUGUAACUACUUUUGGGCUGAUUGAUGUUUCAGCAUAUUUGCGAUUGGCAUCAUGUUCGAAUCUUUGUUCGACCUUGGAAGGAAAAUGUGAGAUUGACCAAAGAUCUAUCUAACUGCAUGAGGAUGCUGGCUUUAUAUGUUGAGAAGACAGCGUUUGUAACAGAGCAAAGCGAAUAGAUAUUUGUAGACUUAUAGAAGCGCAGCAAACAAUCUUUAAACAUGUUGAACCCUCAAAUUGAUAUUAGUUGAAGC